AUGGUCUGUGCAAAUGUCUGUGUUCCAGUGGACUCCUUUCUCUCCUGCUUAAUCAGAAAUGAGAUGAUAAAACAGCUCCCCAUAAUGGCAGAAGCAGUGCGGUGUAUCCGUGCGGAAGGUCUGAAGACAGCUCUUCUGAGCACCACCUGUCUGCUGCGUGGAGGGAGCGUUCUGCCCCUAGACUGACAGCACUUUGACGUGAUGGUUGAAUCUUGCUGGGAAGGAAAGCGCGAGCCAGAUCCCCGUAUCUACAAGUUGUGCUUGGAGCGCUUGGGUGUUCAGGCCCGGGAAUCCAUCUUCCUCAACAACAGCAGCCAGAACCUAAAAGCAGCAGCCCAGCUUGGCAUGAAAACGGUGAAGGUUGAUGAUCCAGAAGCAGCAUUCAAAGAGCUGGAAACCUAUCUGGGUUUUCCUUUGCAAGGGUUUGUUCCAUAUACUCGUUCAGUGAGACCAAGCAUGGAAAUCCCAAGAGAUCAUCUGCAAAAGUACCUUGAAACUGUCCUCGGUGACCACGCAACAGGCCCACCGGUGUCAUGGCAGUUUGGCCACGGACGGUCUACCUGGACCUACUCCGUCAAGUUUGGAGAUCGCUUGCUGGUGCUGAAGAAGAAGCCCCCUGAGAGCCUGCGUCCCUUGGGCUCUGCUGUCAGGAGGGAAUACAGCUCUCUGGCUCGCCCUGGCAGGGUACUGAAGGCGCUCUCUGAGGCUGGCGUUCCUGUUCCUGUCCACUGCGAGGACAGAAGCACCCUUGGCACACCUUUCCACCUGAUGGAGCACUGUGCUGGCCGUGUCUGCAGCGACGUCUCCCUCCCCGCACUGCAGCCUGGCCAACGGUGGGCUAUUUAUGCUGCCAUGAGCCAGGUCCUCUCCAAGAUCCACAGCGUAGACCUCAGAGCAGCCAAGCUGGAGGACCUCGGGGAGCAUGGUAAUUACAUUCAGCGGCAAGUUGAGACCUGGACAAAGCAGUCAUGAGCUAUGGAAGCUCAGGUUAUCCCAGCAAUGGAGAGACUCAUCGAGUGGCUGCCCCUGCAUUUUCCUGACUCUCAGAGGACGACAGUUGUGCAUGGUGAUUUCAGGAUGGACAACCUGCUCUUUCAUCCAGACAGGCCAGAAGUCCUUGCUGUCCUUGGUUGGAAGCUUUCAACUCUAGGAGAUCCCAUCUCCGAUGUGGCGAAUAACUGCAUGGCCUCCUUCCUGCCACCUCACUUUAAUGCACUGAGAGGCCUGAGUCUCACGGCGGAGGAGUAUUCCCAGAUGUACUGUGGCCACGUGGGAGCGGAGAGCCCCGAGAACUGGAAUUUCUGCAUGGCUUUUGCCUUUUUCCGACUGGCUGCAACGCUGCAGGGACUCUACAAACGCUCUCUGGCAGAGAGGCCAGCCCCAGGUGAAAGCAGCCCAGAGGAUGCGGAGUUUGUGGCCAACCUGGCUUGGGAGUUUGCCAUAAAAGAAGGAUUCCGUGUGUUUGACAGCCUCCUCACCACAAAGCCUCUCGUGCGAUGUUACGGCACCUGGGCCAGGCGCGGGCCGAUCCUCAGCAGGAGCUACGCCCAGACGGACUCCACACCCUCUGCUAGAGAUGAAGCAAAGACAUCAUCCUCAUCCCUGCCAUCUCCCCAUCCAUCCCACUGCUUUUUCCCUCGGCAUCGCCCCUGCACUGUCAGCCUUUGCCGUGGAAGCGUGUUGUGA